GUAUUGGGAAAUGUUGACUUUUAAUGCGAAUACCGAACCGUUCUUAACCUCUGAAUACUACACUUUGCGAAUAGUUUUGUAGCAUUACGCGGUGUAGAGAGACUCUUUCUUAACUAAAUGAUAUCUUGAGAGAGGAUUGCAUCUUGAAAGGUACUAAGGAUGGUCCGCUUAAAUCAAAUAUCCCGCUGCAUUAAAGUCUUGGCUAUAACCUGGACAGUGCUACUGCUUCCUAUCAACUCACAAGGCAGCGAGAUCAGCGGAGAGAUCACCAGCUUUACCAACCUGACACAGGCUAACUCGCCAUACAUCGUCACGGAUGACAUCAUCAUCUUAAAAGACGCAACUUUACACAUCCAGCCGGGGACAACUCUCGAGUUUGCUGCUGGGGUCGGGAUAAAGGUGAAGGAAGGAGGCGUUCUCCUUGCACAAGGGUCUCCAAACGAGAGAAUAACUCUCCAAAUGAUCCAAACGAAUUAUUCAUCCAUUGACGUUAACAAAAACGAGACCAUUCCUUACAACCCUGGGAUUCGACUAGCGGAGGGCGCUGACUACCGUACAGGCAGACUAGAGGUGUUUAUCAAUGGUCAGUGGGGCACGGUUUGUGAUGACCUCUGGGAUAUGCAAGAUACGCAGGUCGCGUGUAAGCAUCUGGGAUUCCUGGGCGCAAUCAGGUACUACCGUCAUGCAUCGGGGCGCGGCCCUGUCUGGCUUGAUGAUGUGACCUGUAAGGGGAGCGAGCAGUCGCUUCUUGAAUGUUCGCAUCGCGGGAUAGGGAGUCAUAACUGUGGUCGUCGACGUGACGUUGGCAUCGAAUGCUUUACACUCCUCGCUUUCGUCGCCACGAAGAGUAUGUGGUCAGGAAUCGAUUACGCUGCCUCCACUUCCCCCAGCCCCUCCCCCCUACGGUACGUGGACAUUGCCAAGGCCUUCGCCGCCGUCAAAGGCAAGAAGACCUUACCGGACCUACAUCACGUGACUUCAAAAGAUUGCGGGAGAGGCGUUCAUUCCGAUGGCCUCGAGACACCGCUGACCAUCAAGAACUGUGUGUUCGCUGGAAGUAUGGUCAGAGGGAUUGACGUAGUUUCCGGUCACGUGAGCCUGACAAUCCGGGACACUCUUGUGGUUAACACGACAAAUGGCGGAGGCCUGGGGAUCAGGCAAGGUGCUGGAGCCGAAUGGAAGGAAUUGACUGCGGCGGAUGAAAAGUCCGGGGGAUAUCCCAUGAGGCUGAGGGCGCGUGGUCAGGGUGGCAGACGCCUUGAGGUUGUCAAGGUAUUUAACACAAGUAAAGGGUACCGCUUUACUCUGCAUUUCCAAUCACUGUCUGGAAAUGGUUUCGAUGUGACGGUCAGAGAUGGGGAUUCCGUCAAUGGUACUAUUCUCACCACCGCUUCCCAAGCCGACGCUGGCCAGGUCCCAAGGUCUGCCGUUACCACUAGCAACCGCUUAUGGGUGCAGUUUGUACACACGGGCAGUUAUAACACUGAAGUGAAGAUUUUUAUUACUCAUAACAAAGAUCCCCCGUCAUUAACCAUUACAAACUCAAAGUUUUUGGAUAAUCGAGGGACAGGUUUAUCUGUAGAGGACUUCAUCGGGCAUAUGGAUAUCACCAACACUGAAUUUAUCGGAAACCAAGGACACGGAAUGUUUGCAAAAAAAGUCGCGGGUACUAUAACAGGAGCUGGCGUAGAAUGUAUUAGCAACACAGUAGAAGGUCUCAUGAUUCAGUACUCCAGCAUUACGGGGUGUAGCUUGAGAAAUUUUAAAGGUAUUGGUAACAAGCAAAAUGGUAUCUUCGCGCAGAUCUCUUCGCUUGAUUGUAAACUACAGGACGCUUGUCUUGUUAAGAACUCUGCCGAUGGUAGCAGAGGGGACCGAGUUGCAGGCUUUGUCGAGUUCGAUAACGCCACUGUGUCAAUGAACCAAGGGUAUGGGAUAAUGCUUUAUGAUGGCCCUGCCUCUCUUAGAGUGACAAAUUCCAGACUAUCAAAAAAUAAAAUUGAUGGGUGUCACUUAGCAAACCAAGGCGGUGAAUACUCAUUCGAUAGCUGCGCGAUUAAGGAUAACGGGAGAAGUGGUAUCGUAUCCGUAGACAUUCAAGCUUACCGGAGUAACAUCGCACGCAGACAGUUCACCAUGUUCAUCCUUAACAACAGCCAGGUGGACAGCAAUCGUGAGUAUGGCGUUCGUGUAAUGCCCACUUGCGAGUUCGUAUCAUCGUCUGAGCAAAACGUUUCCAUCGCGGUACUGCAGAGCAGUAUCAGUAACAACACAAAUGGAGGGUUAACCAUCUCGCCCGACUCUUGCCGAUGGUACAUUAACUCAUACCGCCACAGGCGAGUGACAGCACAAAUCACAGGGAACGUGUUCUCCACUAAUAAAGGGUUUGCUGUGAUGUCGUCUGCGAUUGCAUUCCUUGGGCUUCAAGCGGAGAUUUGUAAUAACAGCUUUUUGAACACCACAGGGUCUGCAGUUACUGUUUACGAUCAGUCCAAGUUUGAACCAACACGGCAGGCCACACCAGUUUCGGUGAACAUCACUCGGAAUACAUUUACUCAUUCUAGAGGUGAUCGCGUCGUGUAUGUCGAUUUUGUGGGCUACCCUAACGUGCGAAUUUCGAUUAUAGCCAACAACAGCUUUGCAAGCAAUACUGGGCAUCUCAAGUUUCGGAGACUCUUUCGAAGAGCCACCAGCUAUGGCGUCGUGGUACUUGAAGUUGGAACGUUUAGAGUGCAGGGAAAUUUGUUCUCUGAUAAUUCUCACUCUAAACUAUUGGCCUCUAUGCACUACAAUCACAGGAAUGUUAUCGACGCUAGAUACAAUUGGUGGGACACCAAGGACGAGUGUUUGAUUCAGGACAGAAUCCAAGACUUUCAUACGCGCGCCCAGCUUGCCACUGCAGACUAUUUCCCUUACCUUCUAUCUGAAGAUCGAUUGGACCUAGUUACCCUUGAUAUCCCUAGAAAAAUGUGUUUUCUUCGUGGAGAUACGAUCGGAGGCGCUCUAGAUAGAGAUCUCGAGCUGCCGUCGCAAUAUGCGACGUAUAAAGUACGCGACGACCUUGUUGUGUCUCGUAAUAUUUCACUCAAGAUCUCUAGUAACACGACUCUGUUUUUUCCGCCGCGCUCGCUGUUCCUCGUACAAGGCAACGUUCAGGUCAUUGGAACGAGGGAGGAGAAAGUGCGAUUUGUGCAGGAGAGUCCAGAAGAGAAGAUUCGGCUUGUAGAUGGUGCGGGACCUUGGGAUGGACGUGUAGAGAUCUACUUUAACCGCACCUGGAUGUCUCUGUGUCUUGGCUAUCGCGGGUUCUCCACGGAAGGGACAAUCCUCUGCCAACAGCUCGGUUAUGAGAGGUUUAUCACUUACAAAAAUAUCUGGAAAAGCGGUAGAGAGAGUUAUUUUAUACAUAACUUACAGUGCGGUUCGUUGGAUGAGGAUAUUAUGGGCUGUAACAAUGACAAGUGGGGAUACGGCUCAGACUGUGGUGGUUACGUCGCUCACGUUGUCUGCCAGCGAAACUACUGGUCCGGUAUCCACAUAGCCAUGGGAAACUCCCAGAGUUCUUUGCACCAUUUGGAGAUACACGACGCUGGAUACCCUUACAGGGGUGACAUCUCGUUACCAGGCUCCGCCCUCCGUAUCGACUACGACAUUCACAACAUCAGUAAUAUCAGAAUCAAUUCCUCCGCCUCCAGGGGUGUAAAUGUGGUCCACUUGAGCCCAUUCCUUAGUAAGUCCCUGAUGCCAGAUUCCGAUAUUUCCCACACUGAGUCGUACGGUAUCUGGGCGGGGUCGCCUUACGUGCGGGUCUCAGAUGUGCGAAUCUGGGCUUCCAAGGGUCCUGGCGUAGGCUAUCACAACCCUUGGGACGUGUCCUACACACACGUACCUCACAUGGCCAGCCCUGGAGUCUACACGAUCCGGGAUAUCUGUGACAGAAAUAGAACCUUCGUUACCAAGGAUACCGUUACGUACAUGACUUCAUCUUAUGGUGGGAACCCUGGUUUGAGCUGUGAUCACGUGUUUGUUUCCGACAAGGGAUUCAAGAUCGCUGUACAGGUGGUUUAUUUGAGUUUUGAUACCAGGUAUAGCUCCCUCCGUAUGUAUGAUGGCGAUGAUGGUAGCAGCUCUAUGAUCUGGAACCUUAACCCUGCCUCGUGGGCCAGUAGGCAGACGUUUAAUUCGACCUCCGAAAGAAUGCUGUUUCGUCUGUACAAGAGGAAUGGAUACGCACUUUCCUUUCAUUUGCUCGUGUUUUCAGUCGCAGCAGAUGACGUCCAGCCAAUAACAAGCACCGUUGAGAUAACCAAUUCGAUCUUUGACUCAAACAACAACCCCGGCGGUAUCUCGAUAGUGGGGUCCAACCACCUUGAGGACCUUCUCAUCCGUAACUGCUCCAUCAGCAGAUCAUUAGGCGCGGGAUUAUCCAUCAAUCUGGGCCACCUCACACGCGGUGUUGUGUCAUCUUGUGUCCUUGAUAACAAUAACCAGGGCAUCUCCUUGAAUAAAUUUGCCGGAUCAAUAGAAAUCGUCAACUCCACCGUGAAUGGAUCUAGGGCUAAUGGUAUUUGGAUCGAGACGGGUGACCGUAAGUUUGUAAGAAUUUUGAAUUCCAGCAUCACGAAAAGUGGUGAGCGAGCCGUGAAACUAGACGGUAGUAAUCGAUAUAUGCGGGUAGAUCUAUCGGCGCAGAAUAGUGUCUUUGCGUACAACAAGCUUGGUUGCCUUUACUCGUUCGUUAGCUACUAUCAUAGCUCGUAUUCGGCAAGGGUUGAGUUCGCUUCGUGCCAAAUUAUACAAAACCGCCACGUCACUAUAGACAUUGCACAGGGUUUUCCAGGAACCGAGUGGUUGUUCACUGGAAAUACAUUUUUGGGAAAUGCAGGUACAGCGGUUAUUCGGUCUGGUUCAGGAUCUUCAGGCUCUGGGCCUCUCUUGUUGAAGAGCAACAAGUUUUUCAGGAAUAAAUGCAAUCCUAAUGCAGUUAUAGAUAUUCUGAAGAAAGCAACAAAACUGGUUGUAUCAGAAAAUAUGUUUGCUUACAACGAUGGAGGGAUUGUGUUUUUAAGAGAAACAGCUGCUAACGGACCUGUUUAUAUUAGUAACAAUGUCUUCACCGACAACACAUGCUAUGAACUGGCUGUUAUAACAGCGCGAAGGCUGGAAGAUGUCACUUCAAUCACGGAAAACACCUUCCAACUAAAUACCGGACGUAAUGUCCUGAUGCUCCAGUCAGUCCACACUCUGCCACAACCCACCAAGAAUUUGACCCUUGUCGAUAAUACUCUUUCCAAUAACAACUAUACCAGUUGGAUGAUGAGCGGAAGUGGUUCUUGUGCUGUUACCCUUAGUGGAAUGUUGCAGCAUAAGACAACGCGGUUCUGGCACAACAGAUUCGUCAACCCCGACUUUGAUCAAGAGUUCUGCAUAUCGGUACCUGCGCGUUCUCAGAGGAAUCGACUCGAUGUUAGUCACAACUGGUGGGGCUCGCGCACAGCACAAGACGUCGCCGAUAGAGUUCUCGAUUUUGAUGACAACUUUGACUUAUUCUCGUUGGACUUUAGACCGUUUUUGCUAAGUGCGAAUGACUUUGAUAGAGUAUCCGCUGGUCAGAGUACAAGUGGGCUUCAGGGUGCAAAGUUAAUGGGACGACUCUACGAGUCUACGACAUUAACAGAGGAAGCAAGCCCUUAUGAAAUAACUUCUGAUGUCACUAUCCUACCAAACGUGACGUUAACCAUUGAACCAAAUGUUGAAUUGAAGUUCAAAGCAGGGACAAGCUUACUUGUGCUCGGCACGCUGAAUGCUAAAGGAACUUUUAACAAAAAUAUCAAAUUCACUCUCCUGCGACCGAGCGGGAAAGAGACCCUAAGGUUGCGUGAUGGUACUUACCCAUGGGAAGGUACCUUGGAAAUUUUACAAGAAAACAACUGGUACCCCGUUUGCUGGUCAGACCAGUGGACUAUUAGGGACACCCAUGUUGUUUGCAAGCAGCUGGGAUACGUCUCGGAGUCCAAGAAAUAUUCCUGGUCAAAGGCUCACCUCGAGCGAAUGGAUUCCUUGCCAUACCAGCUGACUUGUAGUGGUAACGAGUCUUCUUAUGACGAAUGCGAGCAGACCGCGCUACUGAAUGCCUCUUGCGUCGCCAAAACGUACGUACAGAUAACAUGCGAGGCGAGACCAUGGGGAAACAUCCGGUUUGUCGCCCACAAUGAAAGCUGGGAUAUCCAGCAGCAGUCUGUGUUGGAGCAUGCGCGGUUUACCUAUUGUGGCAAGCAUGCACGACAGGACGUUGCGUGCAUUGAGAUGGUACAGACUUCUCCCGUGUUAAACAAUAUCGAAAUUCUUAAUAGUACGGGUGACGGAGUGAAAUCUCUACCCAACUCAGACACCCACAUCUUUGACAGCAAGCUGGCAAACCUUGGUGGUGAUGGACUUGUGUUUGUACAAACAGAAAAAGACGUUAAGCUGGAAAACUUAAAAGUGACGAAAGUGGCUAAGGGCGUUGUGUUCUAUGAACCCAACGAAGUCGUCAUGUCGGGAGUCCACUAUGGGAAGCUAUCUAUCUGCGAUGCUGUCGCUUCAUUGCUUAUAACUGGCCCAACCCUCAUAUACUUUGAUCUUCCUGGACUCAUAUCUGCAUCGUCGCCUCUUAGUUGCUCCAAGCUCAUCAGGGUAGAGCCCGGUAAAGGCGUCAGAAUUCGUCUCUUGUAUCACUCCGUGACGUCGCAUGUGGUACGUUUGUACUCGGAUGUCGGUGGACCUGUGUUGGUGGACAGGUCAGGUGACGAUGUACGGUCGCUGGUCCAUAAAGACAUCUUUGUUGUGAAGGACAAGGCUCUUCUCUGGUGGUCUGGAAACGUCAAUAGCAAGGUCAUGUUUGAAGUGGAUUCGUUUGACUUGGAUUCCAAAUACAACCCGUGCACGUUUGACACAGGCAUGUGCGGAUGGCAGACGUUUGACAAUCUUACUAUUAACGGGGUCAACAUGACCAUGAAAUGGCGGGUAACGGAUGAUUGGCACACGUACCAAGCGGGGUCAGACCACUCCUACUAUCACAACCAAGGUAACCUUCUCUACGUGGGGAACACCCGCUGGCCUUCUCUCACCGGCCGCUCGGCUCUCGUGAGCAGGACUGUAUCGCGAGGCUCCAACAUUUGUUCGCUGGUGUUCUACUACAGGCUCGGCCGAGAUGGGAGGUCCGCGCUUGAGCUGUUUCGCCGCAAGGGGUAUUCCGUGUUCUCCGGGUCAACGGAAUUCACGCCGCUAUGGAAACCUCCUCAUCCCAAAGUCCUAGAUUGGACUAAAGUGAUCCUAGAUCUACAAGACCUCGAUGACGACUAUGUGCUGGUCUUCGUCGGCUCGUACAACAAGACCAGUAACUACCACUACAGAAACUUCGUCACGCUGGACGACAUACACUUUGUAGGCUGUGAUCGAGAAACACGUCACGAGUUGUUAAACUCCGAACUGACCAAUCACCGUGAGCAUGGCAUCUUGUACGAGUCGACCACCUCCGUCACGCGGCGCGCCUCAAUUCAUCGCUGUACGAUAAUAGGCAAUGGCGAGUCGGACACGCAGGAAGCAUCAGGAGGCGUGGCGGGCGAUACUGUCGACAUGACGGUAUCCCUGACAAAUAAUUACAUAACCGGGAACCCCGGCGGAGGCGUGCACCUCAAGAUUAAAACUAGCGAAGGAAAGAGGAAGACUGGAAGCCUCAUUUACGGGAAUACGCUCUUGGAAAAUGAAAAAGAAGCCGUUUUCUUAGAAUCUUCCAACUUGGAGUCAUUAGGUAACGUUGGUCUAAGAGAUAAUGUUUUUGGAAGCAAUGCUGGUACUGGAUUUCAGAAUGCUCAACACAGUACUCUUAAAAUCCUGAACGUUGCAACAAGCAUCCACGGAAAUCUCUUCUACAAUAACUCUGGGCUGUUUACCAUGGAGUACACCUUUUCCGACAAGAAAGUCCGACAAAAAUGCGAGAACAACCAUUUUUUCCUGAAUUACGGCACGGCUAAUGAUUACGGCGCGACUAUCCGCACUAAUGGACCUUUGGAAUACCAUGGCAACAGCCUCAAGAACCCUUAUAACCUUUACGAACUCGACACCACCUUGUCCGCCGUCAGCGACCCGGUCAACGCAACGAGGAACUGGUUCGGGUUCGGACUCAAGCCUACUGUGGAGUCCCGGAUCAGAGACAACGAAGACGAUUAUAGAUUACCCUUGGUGCUUUUCGAGCCCUUCAACAGGAUACAACCUCGGAAUCGGUUUUCAUUCGGUUGUCCCGCUGACUGGAUGAACGCAGGCGCCACGUGUUUUGUGUAUCGGCCUGGUGCGAGGACGUACCAUCAAGCGGACCAUUACUGCAAGUAUUACGGCGGUCACUUGUUGUCACUGGAAUCAUCUGGUGACAGGCUACUACUCGCAUCACUCAUGUCCAACAAGCGACCGGACGGCAAACCUCCUGUGCCUGUAUGGGUCUUGAACGAGACCGAUACCCCUUCAGGCCACGCCUUGCGACUUUUCACCCCUGAUGGCCGUGUCAAAAGUGUGUCCAAUCAAAGCCUUUACCCGUUUGGGUGCAGUCGAAGUGCAGUUGUGCGCUGCCCUAAUGGAUGCUUCCACAAUGGCGACUGUAUCGGCUCCACGUGCUUCUGCUACCGCGGCUGGACAGGGCAUGACUGCUCCCAGUUCCAUUGUCGGGACGUCCACGAGUGUUCCGGGUUUGGCACGUGCGUCGGGCCCAACGUCUGCAAGUGCAUGACGGGAUUUCUGGGUCGCGGCUGUACGUACUCGUACUGCGGUAAAUACACCCGUUGUAACACAUGUAACCAAGACCCCAACUGCGGAUGGUGCGACUCCGCGCAGCAAUGCAUGCCGGGUAACCAGACCAGGCCUCAUCAAGAGCCGUGUCCCGACUGGUUCUACCACAACUGCUACACAGUCGGCAGCGAGAACCACUGCUCCCGGAAGAUUCAGCACGUGGACUGCACGAGAAAGCAAUGUAACUUUACACGUCCUGAUACCAACAAAGAAUCCUGCCAAACUUGCAACGACCUGGAGAUGUGCUACAACCGUGAGGAGGAAGGCAAGUGCCGCUCAUGGAACACCACACGAUGCCCUGACGGCUUCGUCAAAGUGGACUACUCAAACACCAGUAGAAUCAACAAUACGGUGUUGCAUGGCAACGUCAUCGUGAUUGACGCGAACGCCACCACAUUAUACAACUGUCCAGUACUGCUCCCUGGACAAGACGAGGCCACACCCAUCAUCAUAGCACCACGUGACCUCGGGGUAAAGGCUGGUCAAAUUAUCGCCAGUAAGCAAGCCGGGGGGAUAAUGCACAAAGUUAAUCAGACGGAUGAUAUAGGUCCGUAUAUGGUAAUGCUCACUUCUCGCGCCAAAAUCGAAGAAGUAGUUCAGUACGCCGACUUUUCGGAAAAGGUAAUUCCUGAGCCAAUCAUGGACGAAGUAACAGAGGACGAGUCUCCGGACAUGAAGGACCUCAGCGGACUAAUGACCGGACGCGUCACGCUCAACGGGAAUGUCACGCUUCAGAAAAUAUCUACGGAUGUUAAUGUUUUUAAAUGCGUUGGUCACAUGUACGAGAUUGGCGUGGAUACCUAUAGCAAGUCAUACUACUUGGUUAUGGACCGGGCCAGCGCGGUAGAAACCGAACCAGGUGACGUAGUAAUCGCACCCGAGAGUCACGGCUUCCUGGAGCGUGUCACGCACCUUAACCAAACUGAGCAUGCGCUGUUUAUUCAAACUACACUGGAACGAUGUAGUCAAGAUACCACAUGGAGCAGAAGGUUCAAGCCUCGGCGACCAGCAAAUGAUGAAGAUAUCAUCUGCACAGGAGGUGACAACAACCCUGGACUAGUCAUAACUGAUCUGAAUAGUGAGCUGAAAGAUAUCUCCAUCAAUGAUACAAUCGCAGGCAGGCGGAGCAAACCCGUGUUAGCCAAAGUCAUCUCCUCGCACACUAAUAGGGAUUACGUGCUCGUGGAGGUCCUUCCCGUGUUGACGAUAGUAAAUGGAUCCGCCGUGACCGAGGCUGAACUGCAUCAGCUGCAUCCUUCUCGUCGUCGCACUCGAAGGGACGUUGACAAAGAGAUGUUCACCUUCCGCAAGAGCCAUGAAAAUAGCAUCAAGAUACCGUUCUACAAAGGCUACGUCAGCAUCACGCAGACGGUGACUGUCUCCGCCACGUUUUACGUCACGAUGGGCGUGUUCACUGAAAAAGAUCACAAUGGCGACCUCAAGGUGACAGACGCGGUGUUCGGACUAGAGAUGCAUGGCCAGCUGAUCUCAAAGGUGGAUCUCCACCUAGGGGUAGAGGCCAGCGCAAACCUGUAUAAGAGCGAAAUCCCGGUCAUCCGGCAUCGACAGAUUGGUGGUGACAUCUACAUCUGUAUUCCUGGUGUCUGCAUUCCGUCUGCAUUCUUCUUUGAUGUUGAAGCAAGAGAAGAAGUCAAAGUCACCGGCAAAGCGUACUUAUCCUUCACUAUGACAAGUACCGCCAAUCUAGCAAUAGGCGGCAUCUGCUCAUUGUCCUCCGGAUGUAACAAGGUCAAAAAUGGGUGGUCCCUGCAUAGGAGUCGUGACCUGAAAAAGCUGAAAGUCGAGGCGGAAGCCACGUGGGAUAACGUACUUGUUCCCAGGGUUACUUACAGAUUCCCUGUCGUCCCGAGUUUGAUAAGGAACUUUUUCAACCGCUUUAGCAAUUUGUGGAAGAAGAUUUUUAAAAAGUUUCCCGGCAAUUCUGGCGGUUCUAUCUCUGGCGCCAUUUCAAUCCUCAGGCUCACGCUUGAGUUACCGUUCGGCCUCAAGAUGGUGUUCAAGCCUUGCUCUGACAAUUGUGCGAAAGAGCAGUACGCUAAGACUGAGUUGUCCGUUAGCUAUGGGCUCUCGGAGAUCGUGGGUCAACUUUGGGCCGGAUUUGGAACCAUGCAGAGAGAGCUACUAGCAUGCAAAGGCAAACUGAGUCCUGCCCUGGUUAAAAACAUUUGUCUCCGAUGUGGAUGGGAUCCUGCCUGUAACUGCCCAACGACACCUGCGACAACAACGGCAACAACACCAACUGAUACGACAACAGCCCUGAGCACAACAGAGCUCUCCACUACACUAACUGAUAGCACUACUUCCUUUACCGGAAGUACAACGCCUUUCACCGAGAGUACCACACCUUUUACCGGAAGUACGACGCCUUUUACCGGAAGUACGACGCCUUUCACCGGAAGUAUAACACCUUUCACCGGAAGUGUGACACCUAAUACUGACGAAACUCCGCCAACUGGAAUAACGACUCAGUUCACCGGAAGUACAACUCCGUUUACCGGAAGUACAACGCCGUUUACCGGAAGUACUACGCCGUUUACCGGAAGUACAACUCCACCGCCGACGACACGUCCGCCGUGUGAGUGUAAAGACGGAGAGACUGGUGUUCUUGCAGAAGAUGGGAAAUGCGAUUGUCCCCCGAAGUGCGACGAUGGCAGAAAGCCGAAGUUUGUAAAUAACAGGUGGAAGUGCCCCCCUCCCGAAUGCGGGGAGCAUCCGGCUUGCGUGACAGGGCGUAAAGGGGAGGGAUGCUCACAACCUGAUGUCACGCCAUGUGAUAGCUCCUGCUCAGGUAAUGGUAUCCCAGUGGUCUUGGGGGACUGUGGCUCAAGGUGUGUAUGUAUGGCCCGAUGGACCGGACAGUGUUGUGAGACGCGCCUUCCGGACGAGAUGUUCGGCGAUCCUCAUUUGCAGACUUUGGACGGUGUAGCUUAUGACUAUUUCGGUAUUGGCGAGUUCUGGGGCUGUCGUAAUCUACCCGGCGACUUUGGCUACCAGUUCCGUUUCUUCGCGUAUGAGCGAGCUUCACUUAUCGGAGGUAUCGCCAUCAAAGCCGGCAAAAGUGUGAUGACCGUGAUGACGAUAGUGACGGGCCGUGUUGAAGACAUGCCAAGGCUGAGGAUCAACGGUGCGUUAAUAAACCUGACGGUGGAUACAUAUCCUGGGCGACCACUCAAGAUUGAGAAUGGAUCUGUCUUACUGGAUGUACAGAAGCCCUUCAGCUCGCCUGAGAACGAGGGUGCCGUCUUGCUAUUGUCCCUGCAGUUUAUCACCGGCGUGUCCCUGACAAUCGAUGUACGCCACAGCCCAACCAUGGGAAGACAGUACUUGAACGUGCUGUUCACGCCAACAGCAGCUUUCUAUGGUAACACUGGAGGCCUUUGCGGCGAUAUGGAUAACAACCCAGCUAACGACUUCACUGGACCAACAGGAGAGCGUUUCACGGACGCCGUGCAGUUUGCAGAGUCGUGGCAAAUCAAAGAGAGAUCUACCAAUGACUCCAGUCUUUAUGGAUCGUGGUCGUGGUCGUCUUCUAACUUCCAUCCUGACGAUAAGAUGGAUAGAGCGUACACAGACCCAUUCCACAGGCCCCGGUACGGUUUGGAGGGCAUACCGCAAGUUCUUAUACAGAAAGCAAACACGAUUUGCGCAAAGAGAGACCUAACGGAAGAUUUACUUAAAAGUUGCAUUUACGAUGUCGCAAUCACUAACGAUACUUCAAUGGCAAGUCAAGAGAUCCUAAAAACUGGUUGCCCGGAUCAGUGUUCAGGGAAAGGGCGAUGUGUGAAUGGUACGUGUCAGUGUUUGGGUGGAUGGACAGGUGAAAAUUGUAAAACAGGCUUGUGUUCGAAUUGUUCUGAGCAUGGCUCAUGCAUUAAAGGAUUCUGCUAUUGUGACGUUGGAUGGGAGGGCGAAAGAUGUGAACAUCAAGCGACAUGUUACAAUGUGAACAACUGUACAAGUCCCGAACAUGGCGUUUGUCAGCGAACAGACCAGUGUCUUUGUCAAGAUGGAUAUAUAGGCGUAGAUUGUAGUAUUGUGCCCACGUGUGGUAAUGUCUCCCAUUGCUCUGGUCGAGGCGUCUGUGUGAACUAUGAUGUCUGCAAGUGUCACAAGGACUGGACCGGCCUGGAUUGCUCCCAGAACUCUUGUGCUGACCUCGACUACUGUUCCGGUAGGGGUAGCUGUGUUAAUGCCUACCGUUGUGAGUGUAACUCCGGGUGGACUGGAAUCAGUUGCGCAGUACCUGACUGCGCAGCUGUCAGUCAAUGCUCGUCCCAUGGAGACUGCGUAGCCAGUAAUACGUGUCGGUGUCAUCCGGGUUACCAGGGGAGUCGCUGUAGUGAGGUUGCGGACUGUUCUUCUUUUGGAAACUGCAGCUUUCACGGCGAAUGUGUGAUCGAUAGGGGAGGAAAUGCUACGUGCAGGUGUUACACUGGUUUCAGCGGUUCCGAGUGUCAGCUUGCGAGCUGCAUUAAAGUCAAGAACUGCUCGAACCGCGGCGAGUGCUUCGAGUCGGGUUUCUGUAAGUGUGAUGUUGGAUAUACAGGACCCGACUGCUCAAACAAUUCAUGUGAAGCAAUCAACUACUGUUCAGGUCAUGGUGAAUGUAUUGCAUACGAUGUGUGUCGCUGUGAGCCAAAGUGGUACGGUGCUGCGUGUAAUAUCCCAGACUGCACCGCGGUACAAGAAUGUUCCAAACGAGGCUACUGCAUGGCGCCAGACACGUGUGAGUGCUACCCUGGAUGGGAUGGCCCCUCCUGUAACAAAAAAGCCACACCCAAUCUGCACCCGCCAGUAUUCCAAUCCACAUACUACAACGUGUCUGUGGUGGAGAACUCCCCUCCUGGUUCGUCAGUACUGCGUGUCAAUGCCACCGACGAGGACUCGGGAAGAAACGGUGAAGUCCGAUACUUUCUAGCGACAAACGAGGCAGAUAUGCCAUUUACAGUCGAUGGUCUUUCGGGAGAAAUCGUUACUUCUUCGGUGCUCGACUACGAAGCCAUCCCGAGGAAGCAUUUGUAUACGUUUGACGUGACAGCAUCAGAUAACGGCCGACCGAUGAAGUUCGCAUCGACGAGGGUUUAUGUCAAUUUACUCGACGUGAACGAUAACUGUCCCGUUUUCGAUCCUUCUAUCCGAACCACUUACAAUUUGUCGGUGCACACCGCGCCUGGAACACAGCUUGAUGUGAUUACUACAACCGAUAAGGAUGCUGGGUAUAACAGCAUUGUCAUUUACAGUGUGUCGGCCAAUGGUGUAAUUGCAGUUGAUGCAGUGACAGGUAGCUUGUCGUUGAUUGGGCAAUUGCUUGCAACGGACUAUCACGUGACUGUAAUGGCACGUGAUCAGGGUACACCUCCAUGCACUAGUGUGCUGAAGCUGACAGUCACUGGAACCCAGUCCCCUGUGCCGUCAACAGACCCAGGCACCACCGUGAUGAGCACACGACGUGGCAAAAUGACUCCCGAUGCCCCCGUCCUGUCCACCCGUGCCAGCUUCUUGACCACACCCUUGGGUAUAAUCACUGUGUCGCUGGGCGCGCUGGUGCUGCUGGCGGUGAUGGCUGCGGUGUUGAUCAAGAUCAGGCUCAAUCGACACCCGAGCAAGGUGGCUGAUUCAAGAGGCGGGAGCCCACUAGUUCAUGGGUCGCGACUUAAAAUUCUCAGCGGAAGCCAGUGCAGGGUUUACCCUGAAGAACAGCUUGGCCAAGAAGAUCAAGCUUGGUUAAAACCAGAAGCAAUGGAGCUUCAUAGACUGAACGCACAGAAGAUAGAUUUCUAGAUCUCCACAAGCCAGCCUUUCUAGCUAGGAGAACUAGGGGAGUAUACAUAACAGGUUGGCAAAUAUAUAAAUGGUGACUUGACUUUGCAUAAUGGUCGCCUCUUAUAUGUACUGUCAACGGUAAUAUGUUGCUGAACUAAAGAAGAAGUAGAGAGGACAAGGCUUAUACAGUAUUUGUCUCCUUUUUAAGGAACUAAAGUAUGUAUAAUUCAUUUCCGUAUCCAUUCAGACCUCUUUCCACGCGUAAUUAUGAAAAUAAAUAAAAAAAACGCCAUCUACAA